UUUUAAAGUAAUAAUAUUAAUGUUGGGUUAAUGUUAUUGCUGUUAGCUUGUGUUUUAUUCUCAGGUUGAGAACUGCUUACCUGAACCAACUGAGCGGACACAAAUUGUUGCCUACCCUAACGAGCCCAUCCACCAUGCUGAUCAAUCACAUCUCGUAUAACCCUUUUUAAAGUGUCUGGUUUCCGAGUACUUGAGGUCACUGAUUUGACAUCUGUUCCCAGCGAUUUAUUGCAAUAUGAGCCUACCAUUGUCUCAUCAUGGGCCGUCCUUCUUUGUUUCUCACGGCACCGGCCCGUUCCCUUUACUGGGUGGCGAUGAGCAACGCCCCUUUUUGGACACUUUAAAACGGAAUAGACAUGUGAUUGAAGGCGUCAAAGCAAUCAUCCUUUUCUCUGCACAUUGGGAAACGGACGAGCCUCACAUCAGUGGAGGAACCAAGCCUGGACUUUAUUACGAUUAUGAAGCGCAAAGGAAGAUGCUACCACCCGCCGCGUUUGAGUUCCAAUACGACGCACCCGGUGAUCCAAAUUUGGCUCGAGUCAUUGCUACGGAACUGGCUAAACAUGGAUUCAAGCCGCAGAUUGACUACGAGCGUGGAUUUGACCACGCUGUUUACGUGCCUAUGACGGUGUUAAGACCCGAGGCGGAUAUCCCAAUCGUGCAAAUGUCAAUCUUGAAAUCUACGACUGAGCGUGAAGCUACGGAGCGCAAUUUAGCGCUCGGUCAGGCCAUGCGCUGUUUUCGCGACGAUGGUUACGCCAUCCUGGGAAGUGGGGGCUCAUAUCACGACUUCAAUGCGAUAGCUGGAGCAUUUUUCAAGCUUCCUUCCGACCCUCGUGCUACCGUCCAACUAGAUACCGGUGCAUACGAGUUCGAGGAUUGGCUAGCAGAUCAGGCGUCUAUCAGUGACGUGUCGCAGAGGUGCGAGGCCCUCGCUCGCUGGAGAAACGUACUGGACAGCUGGAUUGCGCAUACCGAGGGGAGCUCAGAUCAUUUGAUGCCGUUUAUGGUUACCGCUGGGGCAGGAGGUGAAAGCAAGGGGAGGAGAAUUGAUUAUUGCGAGGUUGUUGGGGCACCGAUGGGUUUCUAUCUGUGGUAGUAGAACAUACUCCAGUGGAAAUACUAAGCCUAGAGGAUUCAAUUGUGUACAAAUCAGGAAGGCAGAAACUAACUCUCGCCCUUCAGAUGGUCCUACACUUAGGAACAAGAGCAUAAGGCAAGAUAUGGCCUUCGUAUGCUAUCUGACUAGGUGUUAGCACUAUCGAAAAACAAAAUAUGGGGUGUUAGUCAAGGAUAGCUUAUACUUACUCAUGCCUCAGUUGAAUAUUUUUAAGUAUAG